CACAACCUUCUCCAGCACUCGAUCCCCAUAUAAUUACUUAAUUGACUUGCUAACUCAAAUCCACGCCCAACUAAAACUCUAAUCUCAUCAUAGGGUUCGACAACACAGAAUCUUUCACUUCUAAUCCAAACUCGAAACCCUAGGACGCACAAUAACCGGAUAUGGAGGAGUACCCGACCGGUUUCAGGUUCUAUCCAACGGAGGAAGAGCUCAUUUCCUUCUACUUGCACAACCAGCUUCACGGCCUCGAGCAAGACAAGCUUCAUCGUGUCAUCCCGGUCCUCGACAUUUUCGACACUGAGCCAUGGAAUCUCCCACAGGUUGCGGGAGAGGUGUGCAGAGAAGACAGAGAGCAGUGGUUCUUCUUCGCGCCCAUGCAGGAGAGGGAGGCCGUAGGAGGGCGGCCCAGCCGGAGCAUGGCCACCGGCUACUGGAAGGCCACCGGGUCUCCCGGUUAUGUUUACUCGUCGGACAACAGGGUGAUCGGCGUGAAGAAGUCAAUGGUCUUCUACGUGGGAAAACCUCCCGCGGGAAGAAAGACCCCGUGGAAAUUGAACGAGUACAGGGCCAUCGAACUCUCGCCGACCAAUCCCAAUUCGAGCAGCGAUAUCUCCAUUCCUAAGCUGAAGCGUGAAUUCACGUUGUGCCGAGUGUAUGUGGUGUCUGGGAACUCUCGAGCAUUUGAUCGCCGGCCACAGGAGGCGGUGGCUAGAGAGACAACAAUCCAGGGUGACGAUGGUGCAGGUAGCAGCGGAGGCGGUGGAUGUGGGGAUGCAUCAUUGUCAGGAGUAGUAGCAGGCAAUGCUGGAAGUUCCCAUCAAUGGGAAACGGCAGGUAUGGAAGAACCAAUUUGGGAUUUGGAGCAACUGGAUUGGCUCUAAUUUCAUGUAUAGGUGCUCUGAUGAUGUAGUUUUCUGGUCAUCAGUGCAAUCAUAGG